AUAUGAGCGUCAUUACGGUAAGUGCGCUGGCUGUCAAACAUGGCGCUGUCCUGUUCGAGUCUGUGUAGUCAACUGUCUUUAAUCCGACACUGUCGUCUGGGUACAAACAGGAUAACACAUGGUCUUCACUCUCCCUACAUGCUCUGUCAGUUCAGACUGCCCCUGUGUAGACACUACUCAUCGUCCGAAGUCAGACGAGGUUUUGCUCGUUAUGUUGCCUCCAAACUCCAGUGGGCUAAUACCAAAUAUGAAGAUUUCCUUAAAAAGCGAUUUCCCCGCUUUUUUCUGCUCUAUCACACUUUCGUGGAAGGAUUCAAGCUCCUUUUCCGAGAUGCUAAAGAUAUCAGGAGGAUAAAAGCAAAAAUGUGGUCUGAUGGAGUAAAGUUCCAGGAUUUGCCUUACAGGGACAUGGAGAAACUCAGACAGUUUCGCAGAGACUUGAUCAAGGCCAUCCCGCUGGUGAUCAUAUCCAUCCCUCCCUUUGCCAACUACCUGGUUUUUGUCUUGAUGUACUUCUUCCCCCGCCAGCUCCUGAUCCCUCACUUCUGGACUCCCAGCCAGCAGCUGGAGUUUCGGAGAGUGUACCACUCCCUCAGAGCUCGGCACCACUGGCCGGUGCUCAAAGGACUUGAGUACACGAGUCAGCAGGUCAAAAAUGGUCACUUACAGAGACAACUUAAGGACCUGUGUGCAAAAGUCCAAAGUGGAGCAAACCCCAAGGUGUCUGAAAUCCUUGCUAUUCGAAGCCUGUUUUCUGGACCUCCUUUGGGUAUAAGGAGGAUGAGCGUUGAUCACAUGAGACACAUCAGCCCGCUGCUCUUCUUGACGCCACGGCUCCCCGGCUUCUUGAUUGGCCAACGGCUGAGCAGCCAUGGGCUGGAGUUGCUCCAACUGGACCGGGGCCUCAGCAGACUGGGCGUUCACCAGCUGAAUGACUCUGAACUCAGACAGGCUUGUUAUCUAAGGGGCCUCAAUGCUGAUGUUCUUGGUGUUAACCAGUGUCGCGAAUGGUUGUCCCAGUGGCUUCAGGUGUCGAGCUCAUUGAAAGACUCAGAGGUGUCACUGCUUUUGCACAGCAUUGUAUUUCUCUCUGCAAACUACCCAAGUGGUCCCAGCCAUCACUGACAGGAAACCUCAUGCUAUCGGUUGUUGUGCUUAUACUCUCUUACGUGCACUGAAAAGCAAAACUUUCCAAGGGGUUUUCAUCAGCUCCUUUUUGGAAAGGAAACAACAUUUUAAGGCUGUUUUUGGCAAGAAACCUGUAUGACCAUUUCUAUUCAAAAGAUUUACCACAAAAAAGAAGCCUUUGCAGUUGCAGUUAAUAGCAUUUAAAAACAAGAUGAAUCCAUUGUCAUCUAUUAGAGAUUAGUGCUAUAAAUGUGUAUUACCCUCAGCAGGGUAUUGAAUGCACUGAACUAUAUUUACUGGUGAUGUGGAAGUAAUGUCAUGAUUAUCUAUUGCUGUAUGUGAACCUUGCUACCAUUUUUGCAUGUGUGAACUGAUACAUGUUAUUACACUGUUUAAUUUCAGGAGUUCCUUUUCGUUGGUUAUAUUCUCAGACACAUUCCAUUUAAAAGAAUUACAAUAAGAUGGGCAUGUUUGUUUUUACAUUUCACAUCAAACAUGUCCUGUAUUUUUUUUCAUGCCAGUACCUCACUGUGUGCUUUUUUUAUAUACUUUGAAUAUUGUUUACCAUGAUCAAGGUUGUGGGUGACAGGACUUGUGGUGGGUGUGAAGAUGAAGAAGAGUUAUAACCUGGUUGACAUCAAAUACCAGCAGACAAUAAUGGAAGUCCCCGAGAGUAACUAUGUUAAGAAAAAGCCCACUGGUGGCCAGCUGUAAAGUCAUUCAAGCUUGUUUGUGUGAUGAGAUGCCGAACUUCUUGCACAUGAAUAUUCUCAAAGUUUUUGGUUUGUGGCACAGCACACAUUUCUGAUAAGCUAUCACUUUAUUGUUUACCUUCUUAUUGUUUUGAAAGACUGGAAUGAUAUUAACUUAAGUGCAAAAUUUGCUGUAAGCCCUUCGCCUGCUUUCUGGUUACUCCUACGAAGAGGAAAUUCCUGUCGUAUCUGCUGGUGACUUGUGUAAAGUAUAAAAUUGAACAUGUCAUCGCUUCCUGUGCCUUUUGCAAUAACACACAGAGUUUAUCUGAAAUAGAAGAUGCAAAAGUUAUGUUCUGUUUGUAAAUUUUUUUUAUUAUAUUAUUUGCUCUGCAAAUUUUCAAUGUUGUGUUGUGCCAAUAUUAUAUACAAUAUCUUGGAAAUGUGUCUGAAAUAAAAACCUUAAAGGUGCAUUUUUCCUCCUGUAUUAUUUUUAUACAGAAAAUUCAGAUGAAAUUUAAAAGGUCUUUAAUGAAAAAAUUUAAAACUGGAACCCAGUAUGACGUAUAAACACCAAAGCAGUUCAAAGCGUAGAACAGAUCCAGGAACACCAAAAUAAAUUCAAGUUUACAACAAAGCGAGCAAAGUUAAGAGAGAACAUUCACUUAUGCUAAUAUGACACUGUACAUUAAUCUCCAUUUCCAUUCCAUGUACAGCAUGAAAGCAGAGCCAUUAACCUAUGAAAAUAUUAUCUGUAUGAAGAAAAUUAUAUUCUGAGUAUUAUGUGAAAAGUAUGAUGAACAUUUUAAAAUAU